AUGAGCGAGGCGAGUCCCUUGUCAAAUCUGACGCCCGUUCAGAUCAAGCAGUUGCAGCGCGUGUUUUACGCGCUGGAUAAGAAUGCGGAUGGGCGGGUGUCGCAGGAGGAUGUAGCCGCGGCGCUGCGCAGUCUGGGUGUACCUCAAGCGGAGGAAGAGGCACGUGGAUGCUAUGAGAAUGUGCCAGACUCGACGUAUGAGCUCAUGAGUUUUCUUGCGAUGAUGAGCGGCGUGCUCCAUCCGUUCGCUGACAUGCAAAAGCUGCGCGAGGCGUUUGAGAGCUUUGACGAGAAAGACGAGGGGUACAUUCCCACCGACACGGCGCGUGAGAUUCUCGACUACAACGACGACAUGACCGAUACAUGGCUCGUGCCGCCGUUCGUGGACCGCAGCCGCACGCGAUUCGAUUACCGCAAGUUCCUAUCGACCCUUGGCAUGUGCGAAUGGAAAGAGCUUGUGGCUCCUUAA